ACUCGGAGAGUAGCGGGUUUGCGUGUGAGCCCUGUGGAGGCAGCGUUUUCUGGGCUUCGCUGGUUCUCUCUCUCCAGAAGGUUCUGCUGGUUCCCCCAGCUCUGGGUACCCGGCUCUGCAUCGCGCCGCCAUGAUGGGCCAUCGUCCGGUACUCGUGCUUAGCCAGAACACAAAGCGUGAAUCUGGAAGAAAAGUUCAAUCUGGAAACAUCAAUGCUGCCAAGACUAUUGCAGAUAUCAUCCGAACAUGUUUGGGACCCAAGUCUAUGAUGAAGAUGCUUUUGGACCCAAUGGGAGGCAUUGUGAUGACCAAUGAUGGCAAUGCUAUUCUUCGAGAGAUUCAAGUACAGCAUCCAGCAGCCAAGUCCAUGAUUGAAAUUAGCCGGACACAGGAUGAAGAGGUUGGAGAUGGGACCACAUCUGUAAUUAUUCUUGCAGGGGAGAUGCUGUCUGUGGCUGAGCACUUCCUAGAGCAGCAGAUGCACCCAACAGUGGUGAUCAGUGCUUACCGCAGGGCUUUGGACGAUAUGAUCAGCACCCUUAAGAAAAUAAGUACCCCUGUUGACACCAGUAACCGAGAUGCGAUGCUGAACAUCAUCAACAGCUCCAUUACUACCAAAGUAAUCAGUCGGUGGUCUUCUUUGGCUUGCAACAUUGCCCUGGAUGCUGUCAAAACUGUACAGUUUGAGGAGAACGGUCGGAAGGAGAUUGACAUCAAGAAAUAUGCAAGGGUAGAAAAGAUACCUGGCGGCAUCAUUGAAGACUCGUGUGUGUUACGUGGAGUCAUGAUUAACAAGGAUGUGACCCACCCGCGGAUGCGGCGCUAUAUCAAGAAUCCUCGCAUCGUGCUGCUGGAUUCUUCUCUGGAAUACAAGAAAGGAGAAAGCCAGGUAAUGUCCCUGGCCCUAUUCCUUAAAUUUGAUGUAAGACUCUGUUAAUAUGGGCAAGGGAAA